UUUUGUCCUGUGUACAAGGUCGUGCAACGAUACAAGUUCGAACGGAUUUACGAGUCUGUUCGUUUGGAUUGUUGUUAGUGGAGGCUUUGGUCAACUGAUAAACGUCCGAAAUUUGCUCAGUGUUGUUAUUUGUUCGCUUUUCAAAUGUCUAUAGUUUCCCUUCAAAUCGGUCAAUGUGGUAAUCAAAUUGGAGCAAAAUAUUUCAGUACUGUAUAUGAUGACUGUUGUGCCAAGAAAAAUCCACUUCUAUCAAAAACUGACACAGAAUAUAUUAGAGACUCGUUAAAUACAUUUUUCUACGAAUCUUCAAAAGGAUGUUUGACAGCCAGGUGUGUUCAGAUAGAUAUGGAAGAAAAGGUUAUUGCCAGUGUCACUAAAAGUACCUGUCGGGAGAAGUGGAGUUAUUCUCCUAAUAGCUUUUUUACAUCCAAAUGUGGCUCAGGCAAUAAUUGGGCGUACGGUUAUUUCGUUCAUGGAAGUGAAUUUGAAGAUCAGAUACAGCGUUUAAUUCAGAAUCAACUAGAAAAUUGUGAUUCACUAGAUGGGAUCUUGGUAACAAUGAGUUUAGCUGGUGGGACAGGUUCCGGUGUGGGUACAAAAAUACUCACACAUUUAUCUGACAUUAUACCUAAAGCAUGUGUGCUCACACAGUUGAUAUGGCCAUUUACACGUGGUGAAGUAUCUGUUCAAGCUUAUAAUGCUAUACUUACACUUGGACAUUUGUUGUCUCCAUCUACAGCCAAUAGUCUCGAUGGUUUCAUAAUGCAUCAUAAUGAUACGUUACAUGCUAUUUGUUCAAAUCGUCUUUUGGCUAGUGAUCCAAAUUGUCAAAUCGGUAUAGAUCAUUUAAAUGCCCUUCUUACUCAUCAGUUGGCUGGGAUUUUACAGCCCACUAUAAAUUAUACUGAGACAGAAUAUUUUAAGGAUAAAAAACGUUUAACAUCUUAUUUAUUGGAUCUAUGUGGACAUCCUGAUUAUCGAAUAACUCGUUUACGUUGUUUACCGUAUAUGCCUGUAGAAAAUCGUAAAUUCUGUACAGAAACUUGGGCUCAAUUAGCCCGUCAUGCUAGACAAAUGUUAUUGAUGGGUUCUGCUGUAGAAGAUAAACUUGAUUGGUCGGCCAGUGCUUCAAAUAGUGGAUCUAAUAACCGAAUUGAAAAUUCACGGCUCCCAUUACUUUCCUAUUUAUCUGUAUUGCGAGGUGACGGAGCAAGUGAUCAUGUUCGAGAUUCGAAUACUUUUGUUCAUUCACUUACCAGGGAUCUUUUGAUUUCUGGACCUCCACCAGCUCCUGUUCCUUCUUCUUUUGGCUCAGUUGUUCGUGGACAUCAUCGUCAUUUUGGAGAUUACCCUCGUAGUUUGUUUGUUGCUUCUAAUGGGGGUGGUUCACGUAUAGACAUCGUCUCUACUGCUGAAACUAAUCGCAAAGAAUUAUGGAUGUCUGCAGCAUCGUUAGGCGAUACAUCAGCUAGUUUAAAAUAUGUGUCUCUUCGUGCCUGGGAACUGUUUGCUUCUAGAGCAUACAUACAUCAAUAUGAGAAAUAUGGACUGACAACAGAUAUCUUUAUGGAUUGUGUUGCUACAGUAGAGCAAAUUGCACAUUGUUAUUCUACUCUGUCAUGGUACUAAACGUUUGUGGGUUUCAUUUUUUACUUACUCAUCUUUUGUACAUAUUUUCGUUAAUAUUUAAAAAUGAACCAAUUCGAUUUUAUUUUCCAUUCAUUAUUGUUUUUUGGUAGCGGUUUUACCUGGUUCCUGAACGCUUGAAAUUCCUCUGUUGUUUUCUCUUUACCAGUCCUUUUAUUUUAUAAAAUUAGUGACCACCAUGUUCAAAAAACCUUCUUUCAUUACAUGUAUGUUUUAUUUUUCUUUGACAAUAUUUGCUAGCUCUUAUCAUGUGUUCUUAAAACCAAUAUUAACUUUUGAUUUAAUAGGAUACGACUGUUUUCAGAAACAUUAAACCGGCAGUCUUGCUUAUUCCCGUAGUUUCUGGUUAAGUUCUCUGAGCUUAUUGGCUUAACUGUAUCGCUUUCAAUGUCAUUUUGAACAGCAUAUUUAGCGUGUAGCGGUAAAACCUCAAAAUAAAUAAUUCUUUAGGUUUUUGACAUUGAUGCUGACCUUAUUAGUUUUACUAGACACGCCCUAGUUGAAGGCGCUUAGUCAUGCAUUAGCAUCAGAUUGUGAGUAGAUACGCUGUGCUACGCAUCUCUUGCAACUACUAGCCAGCUAAUAUCAAACGCUUCUCAACAUGUCGGCACUAUAACUCCGAACUACAUCCCUGAUUUGAUUGGUUUUAUACCGUUCGAUUAUAAAGAUGCUACGAACUAAAGCGUUGUCAAACUCUGAAUAUCUGUGGCAUCUUUGGGAUCGAAUGCACUUUUCACUGCCAGCUUACAAACAUUCUGUAGAGGUGCAUUGAGACGUAAAGAAUGGUUUCUUUACAAUUCCGUUGAAAUAGAUGUGGCUGAGAUUCAGGUUGUAAAUAGCCAUGUCCAAUAUCCCAAACUUCGGUUACUCGACAGUGUUGUUUCGCCGAUUGCUAAAUAGGCUUGUCUACUUUUAAGAUGUUAAAUAACUAGUUCGACACAAUUGGAUACGUCGUCAUCAAUAUUCGAGUCUAGGUGUGUAGGCAGUGCGUUUGCGGCCGAGUAAGUCACGUGUCCGAUUGAGUUAAGUUUUUGAGAUUUGAUAGACUGUAUACUGUACUGCAGAACAUAUCGUCCGGUAUUUCUGACUUGAGUGUCAAUAUGAAGCAUCUAAUGUCGAAGUCUGCUAAGCGUGAACAUGUGCCUAAUUAGUAAUACAUCACCUGUUCUUUCUUUUGUAGAUCUUUACAAAUUACAAUAAGACUUGGCAAUUAUAAUUAAAACACGUAACGAUUGAUGCUCAAGCAUCUGUCAACUACUCAUAAUGUUGCACAAUAUUACUCUUUUUCUUCUCAAUAAAUUUAUUUAAACAUAUACUAUUUCUCAUGCGGAUUGCAGUUUUCAUGUGCUGUGUUACGGGAAUAAAGGCGAUAACAGGAGACUUUUGGGGUUAUGCCAAAGGUGUUUUAAAAGUGGAAGCAAAAUCAGAGAAAUCGGCGUAUAUUUAGGCGAAAAGUAGGCAAUUCAGCAACGUUUGAAGCAGAGUGACAUAAAGGGGAAAAAAACCUCAUUAUUUCCACGGACAGGUGAAAGAGCAGACAUUGGCGCAUUUUCCUAUUAUUUCCCCUUUUAUUUUCCAACGCAUUUUCCCCUUUGUUCGCCUUUAUUUCCCGUUUAUUGAUUGAUUGGGGUUCUUAUCCUUUUGGAGCGAGGGAGGAAAAACCGUAUUUCCAUACUCUAGAUGGGGACGAAUAAAUCCAAUGAAGAUUAUGUGGAAAGUUCAUCCAUCGAACUGGCUGAAAAUGCGCUUUAACCUUACCAGUGCAAGGUUUGCUCGGAAGGCAUUUUUAUCGCAGUUAGCGUAAGACUUCAAAUCAUAUGGUAUCAACACCCAGAUCUUUUUCAACUUGGGAUACCUCUACAAGGGAGUUGACUCAGUUGUAGUUGUAGUCUGCAACAUGUCUCAGGCGGUCUACUUUACAUUUCCAGUUGUUAAAGGUAAGUCCAUUGUUAUCUGCCCAAAUUUGAAGUCGAGUUGGAUUCACCUGAAGUGCCAGUUCACCCUCUUGGUUGCAUAUCUCUUCAGAGUUUCACAUCAGCGAAAAGUAAUAAAUCUGAUGAUACCUGAUGUGAAAUAUCGUUUACAUAUAUCAAGAAAGGCACACUUGAAGCACCUGCCACGAAGAACUGAACACGAAUUGCUUGAAUGAAAUCUACCAUACGGUAAACACUCCUCAAACUUGUGCUCAACUUUUUCACUGCUUUGUAAUUCUUCAAUGAGUCAUUUCACAUGCUUCCACAAAAACGGGAAUUAAACUCCAUGACGUAUGACCUUGACUAUGAAAUGCAUCAGGACAAUCAAGUAAUCUAAUGAAAUUCUUCAUGUCUUGGAAGUCAGUUUCGUGCAAUACCUCGUAAUUAAUCCAUACACUUCGAACAUCAAGGAACGAGCAUUUCAGCAUUUAUAUGAGCGCCUUUUCCAGAUUUCGUACGUUAAUUCCUGCAAUUAGUCGAGUGAAAUAGGCUUAUCUGGAAAUGCCGAAUCUUUCGGUAAACUGUACACACCCUUUUCGAUGAAAGUAAGUAAAUUUCAAAACUUCCCAUUUACUCUUCGAAGGCAUCAUGAUUUGGAUGUACAUCCAGUUGUUCAAUCACAUGCUCCGUCGCGAAGCCUAUUCUUAAGGACCAAGGACAGCAUCACACUAUGAUUUACCAAUUUCUUUUCCUCUUUUAUUAUUAACAUACCUAGGUUCCUGCCUGGAGGAUUUGGUGAUCCCCUGCUACUAGACACGGAAGCCUGUUAAGCGAAAGCUUCUUCUAUUCCGUCCACAACCAUUUGAACCACUUGACUAUGAAAUGCAUCAGGACAAUCAAGUAAUCUAAUGAAAUUCUUCAUGUCUUGGAAGUCAGUUUCGUGCAAUACCUCGUAAUUAAUCCAUACACUUCGAACAUCAAGGAACGAGCAUUUCAGCAUUUAUAUGAGCGCCUUUUCCAGAUUUCGUACGUUAAUUCCUGCAAUUAGUCGAGUGAAAUAGGCUUAUCUGGAAAUGUCGAAUCUUUCGGUAAACUGUACACACCCUUUUCGAUGAAAGUAAGUAAGUGAGUCACAAUUCCAUCAUGUUCAACGUCUUUCCUCGCCCUAUUUCAGAUUUCAAAACUUCCCAUUUACUCUUCGAAGGCAUCAUGAUUUGGAUGUACAUCCAGUUGUUCAAUCACAUGCUCCAUCGUGAAGCCAACAUGAUAAUUAUCAGUAUUCGAAUUGAUGUGCUGACUAAAAUUUCCUGGACUAGUUCAAUUUAAGACAAAUAGGACUUGAUGAACACAACUGAAGUGGUCUCAGGUCCCUCAGUGGAUGGCUUCAAGAGGAAACUUGACCAAAAAAAUACUCACUCAUAGAUUGUCAGAUCCCGCUUAGACCAGCCAUGUCUGCAGCACAUCUCACAAUUCACAAGCUGUUGUCAUUAUCAGUUAGUCAUUAACUCAUCCAUGUCUCGCUUAUCAUUGUCUCUGUUUAUCUCUUUAUUAUUACACCUUGAUCUCAAAUUGUCUGCUUUAUUAAUAAACUAACUUAUUUAUUAAGUUCUUGAAACCGACAUCUUCUGUAUUCGAAUUUUCCCUUCAUUAUUCUUCACAUUGUAACCGACUGGACUUCUGUCGUGUGAUUUAUUAACCGCUGGUGUCCGGAGACCUUACUCUCAUGAGAAAAACUCACUAACUCAGAUUAGAAGAUAUACAAACCCACAAACAUUUAUCAAACGGACUAGAAUUAGUGCGAUCAUAUGGCUAGACCACCCGUACUUCACAUUACCAAUCUCCGGGAACUGUGUCGACACAAUGAUAAGAUAUCGCCAACAAAUCGGUAUGUGCAAUUCAUAAUAAGCAAGAAAUCAGUUAUAAAGGAAUUAACAUAUGGUGUAAAUACUUCAUUAAAGCUAGUCGAUAUAGAUAUGAUAUAAAAGCUUGCCUAAUAUGAUUUCGUGGAUUUUCAAACAUUAUCACGGUGUAUGUUGAAAUUGUUUCAAAUAAGCACUGGAGUUUGUGAAAGCAUGCAAACGUAUUUUUUUAAGCAUAAACACUUAUUUAAACGUUUUCUUUGUUGAAUUACUGGACCAAGUGUCAGAAUGAUAGCACUUCCAGAGAGAUAAUUCAUUGAUUAAUAUAAACCAGAAUGUUAGUUUUGUGUGAAAGUUUUUUUCACUGUUAAAGAUUCCUAACAUUUUAUGGUUGAAAUGCAUCGCUGUCUGUAACACCAAUUUAUAUAAGUUUACCAUUUGAGGCUAUUUUAUUCUCUUCUGUAAUAACAAAAUCAAUAAAUGAUAUAGAGUCGUUGCCGUAAGCAAACAGGUUUUUUCUUUCGUAGCCAUAGUUUCUACUCUGAGAACUGGUAAUAAACCAGCUAACUCCACAGUUCACCGUCUCAACCUAAAGUCCUGUUUGAAGAGACUGGUAUCGGCUUAUAUACAUAAGCCGUACUCUAGAAGUUUAAUGAAAAGUACAAAAAUCUCGUGGUUAAUUCUCAGGCUUUGGCAGCCUUUUACUAAAUUUGAGGUGACUGUCGUCGGAGAUCAUCCGUGAUGAAGUCCACGAAAGCUGGUUUAACUGACGUGUUGGUGCCUGAACUGAUUAUUAUUUAUACAUGGAUCUUAAAGCAAAAUGGGCAUAAGUAUCUACCUAUUCUGUGGAACGGUUCUUAGUAAUCCAAGAUUACAGUCAACAUGCUUUGUUAGAUUUUCGAGACCUGUACCAAAGACGAAAUAACACAAGCGAUAGAUGUCGCAAACCAGGCUUUCCUUCACGACGCAAGAGAAAGUAAAUCAGUGUAGAUGGUGAUGCAAAGAAAAGGUAGACUUCAUCAGAUGUUAUUAUUGCAUUUUGUUAAAGGCUUAUCUUCAAAGAAAUUUACUGUACUUUUUUCAGCUGGCUUAAUUACCACUUACCAAUCAAAUCACAAGCUUUGGAUUCAACAAACAUUUUGACUUUACCUUAUGUAUAUCAAGCACAUUUCACAUAACACUGUAGGACCUAACAUCGUUCAAUUCUAGGUUUACUUAUUACAUUGGGCAUUUAUUUGUCUACCAUGAGCAUGGAAACGUUUCAUAUUACGGUCAUUACAUGGUGGUUUCGCUUCAAUUGACUCGUGAAAUCAACUAUUAAAUUAUUAUAAUAUCCACAAAAACCCCUUCUGAUAAUGCUAAUUGAAAGGUUAACCGUUUUUUUCAUUUGUAGAAUGCCCUAAACGAAAGUCCGACUCUUACGUGAGAAACAUACCAACAACUUUAUCCCUAAUAGAAAGAAUGUGGGAAUAUAAAUUAUUCGUGAAAAACACAUAUGUAUAUUUUAUUUUUUGGUUUUUUGAGUACUACAUCGAUAACGUGAGUGAACUGUGAUUGUGUGUUCAUAUCACAAUGUUUUCUAAGAAUUGUUCACUAAGUUCCGUAAAAACUACGUGUUAAUAUCCGCGUAAGAGAAGAGUACAACAUUUUCGAGACGAGGUUCUGUCAUUGUCGUUAUCUGUAUAUUAGAUGACUGAAAAUAAACGGAUUAAGUAAGAACUUGAAUUUCAAUGUUCCUCACCGUGUAUCCAAGUACUUGAAUUGACUAGCAUGUAUAGAAGUAAUAAAUAAAGUAUGAUAUCACUUGAUGGACACAAUUAAACCGAUAUUAUAGUAGUAUUUGAACGAGUAUGCAGUUGUGUGCAUUUACUAUAUGUAUUAAACGCCAAAGGUUCUCUAAUGACAACGUUUACUUCUAAGCACACUACACAGUUCGUUCCUACUCUAUAUAAAUAAAUUCUAUUGAAUCACGUUAAACACCUCCUCUGGAAAGUUCAAGAUAUUAGUGUAACUAUACCUAUUCCCCUUCCGUGACAGACGUUAAUCGGAAUAUUGCAAACCGAUGUCCACUAAAUGGUAAUGUGACCUCCAUUUCGAGGAUAAAAGCAAAUAAACUGCAUUCCUUAAGACGUUUAAUGGCUUUUUCAGAUAAGGUUAUGUAUUUCCCUGUCUAAUGACGGCGUUAAUAAACCGAAUUAUCCUAGACAGUACCAAUUUAAGUAGUUAACAGAUGAGUAUUACGGUGAUGUUAUCCAAAUACUCUUAGCUCUGUGAAGCAAUAAUGUGACUGACCUCUCCAAGUAGCUUUAGUAUACACUGUAAGCUUGUCCCACCUGGCAUCGUAUAAACCCGACAUUUAAACCCGUUAACAACAACUCUCUACCUUCCUGUAUUGCUGAGAAUGUGAAAAUAGGUAAAUAGGGAUUAUUGAGUAUUUUAUUAGGAGAUUUUUAAUGCACAAAGUGCAUUUGAUUAUGCAUCAUCUUGAAAUAUGUUCAAGUAACUUAGGUUUCCAGAUGGUUGUGAGUAUCUGUAUAACUAUGGUUGACAUUUAAUUGGUAGCAGCAAUUACCCGCACUAAUAUGACGCUGGAACUGAAUAGGGCAUUCAUUACGGAAAUCACCAAACUGCACCACAAGGCAAGCGCUAGCUUGGAAUCCUGAAGGGAAGCGAAAAAGAGGAAGGCCAAAGAACACACUGUGUCGGGAAUUGGAAGCAAACAUUUAAAGGAUGAACAGCAGCUGGAAACAACCGGAAAGGAUUGCUGGCGGGUGGCCUAAGCCCCUCUACGAUGGGUAUUUAUUUAUUUCAACACAUAAAUACCGGUACAAGAGGGCACCAAAUAUAUAUGCACACCAUAUUUGUGUGUGUG